AUGGAAAAAUAUAAGAAGACGCCAUCUGCUACCACGGAAACAGACGUUAGCGCCACUACACCACCAGCGCCAAAGGCGACUUCUCAAACCAAGUUGACAUCACAGUCAAAACGUUCAAAUCCCACGGCAAAGUCAGCGCCAGCAGUAUCCAAAACCGCUUCCACCUCCAAGCGCAAGAGGGAUACGUCCUCCUCCUCCUCGUCUUCAACAGAAGAAAGGUCACAUCCACAAAAAAAGGGUCGCGCCUCAGGAUCCAUGCUGAAAGAGCUCCUCCACCAAGGUAGCAGAACUCUCCAAGUAGCCGCCAGUAAGGUGGACCAACUCGCCUCAGCUGUUACAGUGUCGUCCUCCCAGGAAACGGUAGAACGGCUUGAAAGGCUUGAGCAGUUGAUGAAGACUUACCACUAUGAAAAUAUCAAGAUGCACAAGUCGAACGAGACAAAGCUCGAAAAGCUAGAUUCAAAGGUUAACCUCCUCACGGCCCGCUUCAACCAGAUGGAGAAGGAGCUCAAUGAAUACGCAAAGAGACGGUCAGCAAAGGGUGACCAGGACAAUGAAGAGAACAGGAGAAAGUUGCAAGAAGACUUCAGAUAUUUACGAGAAGAAAUUUCCGAGACACUGGCCUUCGACAUCAGGUAUAUCCACAAGCGCUUCGAAGAGCUUAACUUGCGUCUUUUUGGCACGAAUACUGCCCGGCGGAAUCCAGCUAGAGCUGGACAGAAUUCGACGCCAAAUGAGCGAAACCGGGAAGCUGAAUGA